AUGGAGAGGGGGAAAGUGAAGAGAGAGAAGGGAAAGGAGCCGGAGAAAGAGAAAAUACGGGGAAAAGGAAAGGAGGAGAAAGAUAAAAAGAAGGAGGUGGAGAAGGAGAAAAUUAAGGAAAAAGAAAAGGAAAGGGGGAGGGAGGAGAAAAGUAAGAGUAAAAAAGAGGAAAAGAGGAAAGGGCGGGAGACGGAGAAGGGGAAGGAACAAUUUACGGAAAAAGAAGAGAAAGAGAAGGACAACAGCACGUUGGCAAAGCCGCCGCUGGAGCUGCCGGAGAAAAAUAAGCAGAUCCUAGUGCUGGGCCUGGAUGGAGCAGGAAAGACCAGUGUUCUCCACUCUCUAGCUUUAAACAGAGUCCAGCACAGCGUGGCACCAACCCAAGGUUUCAAUGCAGUGUGCAUCAGCACUGAAGACAGCCAGUUGGAGUUCCUGGAGAUUGGUGGCAGCAAACCUUUCCGUUCCUGUUGGGAAAUGUACCUGUCCAAGGGAUUGCUGCUAAUCUUUGUGGUGGAUUCAGCAGAUCACAACAGAUUACCUGAAGCUAAGAAGCACCUUCAUCAACUAAUUGGGACAAAUCCAAUCCUUCCUCUGGUUGUGUUUGCAAACAAACAGGAUCUUGAAGCAGCCUAUCACAUUACAGAUAUCCAUGAAGCUUUGGCAUUAUCUGAGGUGGGAAAUGACAGGAAGAUGUUCUUGUUUGGAACCCAGGUGACUGAGAAUGGCUCAGAGAUACCCUCCAUCAUGCAAGAUGCCAGAGACCUGAUUGCACAGCUGGCUGCAGACAUGCAGUGAUCAGGCCUAGGCCCACUGUGAGGCUCAUGAUUUGAACGUCACCAGGGAAUGUUUAACGGCAGGCUGGAAGCCAAAAGUUUCCACUUUCCAAUAAAAAAUAAGGCAUUUCCUAUUUUCUCAAUGCAGGGCAUAUACACAUAUAUAAGAUAAUGUUAAUUGAUUAAGAGGAUCUCUAUUUAUAUUUUGAACUUUAAAAAUAUUGGUAAAACAAUGUAUUUAGAGGGAUUUGGAUUUUUUAAAAAUUUUUAUUUAUUUUUGGCUGCGUUGGGUCUUUGUUGCUGCAUGCGGGCUUUCUCUAGUUGCAGCGAGCGGGGGCUACUUUUCGUUGUGGUGCAUGGGCUUCUUAUUGCGGUGGCUUCUCUUGUUGUGGAGUACAGGCUCUAGGUGCACGGGCUUCAGUAGUUGUGGCACAUUGGCUCAGUAGUUGUGGCUCGCAGGCUCUAGAGCGCAGGCUCAGUAGUUGUGGUGCACGGGCUUCAUUGCUCCAUGGCAUGUGGGAUCUACCCAGACCAGGGCUUGAACCCACAUCCCCUGCAUUGGCAGGUAGAUUCUUAACCACUGUGCCACCAGGGAAUUCCCGGGAUUUGGAUUUUUAAUCAACCAAAUUAAAGUGAACAGUAGGAAGCAUUCAUUCCAUUUGUAGUUUCUCAAUGAAAUGAGAUUUAUAUUAAAAUAUUUUAAUAACUUUUCUCUUUUCAAGUAAAAAUCCAGGUGUCUUUCCUUUCAGUGGAUCCAUUUAAUACUGUAGGGAAAGAAAUAUCAGGAUAGGGCAAUAAGAAAAGUAAGCACUAUCAAACCCACAUAGAAAUAUAAAUUAACAACAUUCAGAAAGAUUUAGGAAAGGCUUCUUUUUAAGAAACUAUUGCACUAAAAGAAGAACACCGUGAGGAUU